AUGGAAAUAGUGCAUAUAUCAUCUUUGUCACCUUCAUCGGCAUUGCCUACCGACUGUGGGUUCAAGGCAUCGGUGACACUACUAUGGCCCUUCUCCUCAACGACCGGGCAAUGCGCUCUUCUCUUGGCCGAUCCCGACGCGCGACAGCGAUAUCAAAAAGGCCAAGUACGCGUGCGAUUCACUGGACCAAGUGCACGCCAGAUCGCUGCAUCGGGCAUUGGUAUUGGGGAUAGCGUGCAAGUCGCGCUUGAAGGCGUGCAAUGGUUGACCGAAGCAGAUACAGCUUUGGUCAAAACGCCCGGUAGAAGUGUCGAUGGCGAGCUUGUAUUCAAGAACCGCCUGCAUAUGAUCAUCACAAGAGGCCAGACCGAACCGAGGACAAUCGAUGUGGACGAGUCCACCGAGCACACGUCACCGAAGCCUAGUAUGCUACCACCGAGCACGCCCGUUGCCCGUUCCAAGCCUCGCACUUCUUUCGAUGCCUAUGGAGUCGCCGUAUAUUCUUCACCAGCUUUUAUGAAGCGUCUCCGACUCUCUGAAGGAGGCACGCCAUAUUCGCACGUAGCCGUAUCAGAAGACGAUGACCAGGACACUGUAGCAUCGCGAAAGAGACGGAGAGUGUCUUACAAGAACGUUUCUGAGUGGAAGUUUGACGCCCGAGAACCUUCUCCUGAGAAAGAUCAGAUCGAUGUCUUGGAUGAUGCUGAUGCAGACGAGGAUUUGGUUGCCGGAGCAGCAGUACCAGAGAAAACCACUGUAGAAAAUGGUAAUGUGACCAUGCACGGGAAAGAGCUGGGCAUGCAGGACGCAGUUGAGUCGACCGAAGACGCGAAUCACCAAGCCGAGCGGCAUGCUUUUGAGAGCAGGAGCAUUCAUGGCAGCUCAACAGAUUCAGCUCAAGAGACUGUUUCACAAGACCAUUCCAUAGAGAUUGCUGAGGAUGGACCACUCCAGAACAAGACCGAAGCCGGAGCUUUUCUGAAUUCUGCAGCAGAAUCUUCUAACGCGAAAGAGUCAGAAGAGAGUGUGGUUGAAGCAGUGGUUCAACAGCCUGCAGAAACUACGAGAACAGAACAUACCAGUCUGGGCGAGACAUCACAAGCUUUGGAAAGCUCAGUGAUCUCUCAGUUCCAGAUUUCGACAUCUCAAGAUAUGCCAUCUACGGCUUUGCCGCGAUUGACUAUACUGCCUACCGAGAGUGAACUUCUAGAACAGAUGGCGCGUGCCCGCACCGUUGACAGACCUACGACCCCAAUUUUGCAACCACUACUCACUGAGGCUCUGCCUUUACCAUCGCCUUGCCCGACUAGUGCUCAGAAGAUAUCUUCACCAAUCAUUCCGAACAUAGCAGGAAAUCCACAAAUCCCUGAAAAUGAAACAGUCUUGGAAGACGCAGCAGAGACCGCUGUUCACGCGAGAAGUGUUGAUGAUAUGGCUCAGGAAAUGGCACCAGCUUCCGAGCUUCAGUCAAAGAUCUCGCAGCAAGGAUCAGAUCAGCAAGUAGAAGAAACGUCCCAAACGCCUCGCGUUGUUGCAGAUAUCUAUGAUGGCUACGCUGAAGAAAACCCUGUCGUACUGUCUUCUAGUAGUGAGGAUGAUGAUGAUGAUGAUGAUGAUGAUGAUGAUGAUGAGGAGAAGAAGGAGGAGGGCGAAGGCGCGCCUCCUGGUCGAUCAUUAGUGGCUGCUUCUUCACCAGUCGUUGCAGAUGACCAAGUUGUAUGGCGCUCGAGAGGUGACAGGUUCGAUGACGAGAGCUCUGUCGAAGACGAGUCUGAUGAAGAUAUGGAAUCAUCCAGUGAAGAUUCUGAAUCGGACGAUGCGUCGUCUGCAUACAACUCCGACCAAAUUGUAGCUCUGCAAGAACAGAGUGAUGACGAAGGCGCCGUCGAAGAACCUGAUUGGGACUACCUGGAACGUAAACUUGAGCAAGAAGAGGCUGCUCUUCAGCAGUCGAGGGAAGAUCUUACUGCUAGAGACGACGGCCGCGUUGAAGCAGCCGAUGAUCUUGAGGAAGGAGAUGAAGCAGACGAUGCUGUGAUGCACGACGACAACUCUGGGCUUGACGAGGAGAUGUUGGCAAGAAGUGAUGACGACAGCGCUGACGAUGAAUCUGACGGUACAGGAUACUUCGACCCGGUCAUUCUGCCUGACACCGAAGAAGAGUCUGGAGAAGAGUCAGAGAUCGAUGCGAUGGACGAAUCUUAUCAACCUUCGAUGCCCGAAAAUGCCAUGUAUAGCCGUCCAUUUGAUCUAGAUGGAGCUCGUACAUUCACAGAGACGAGAACGGCAUUGCCUUCCCAAGCAGCAUCUGAGGCUGGUUCUGCAGUAGGAGAUGAGACCAUCGCCUGGCGCGACAGGGAUGCUGCGGUCGAGGCACUUGAUCAACAAAUGCAACAGCGUCAACUUCAAAGAACCGAACAAGCUGUCCAAGCGCCUUCAACUCAACAUGUUCCGCCACCAGUCUCAUCCAGACUCGAUGUCGUCGAGUUGUUAGACGAUUCUGACUCAGAUGAGGAAGACGUUGAUAACUUAGUCCCAGUCCCUCAAGCGACCAUCGAUUUCUUGCCUUCGAUCGGUCUUGUCAACCAUUUGCUCAACAACAAUAACCAGAAGGAUGCUCACCUCGAGAUCAGUGGAUCGGUUACUGCCCAGAUUCGCUCAGAAAUCAAGAAGAUCUCAGACCAAGUCGACAGCCAGAGCAGUCUUCCGACCAAGUUCAAUGCCUUGAGGGCCAUCUGCAAGAUUGGAGUCAACGUGACAGUUGCUGCCGAGAGUGGUAACAUGUUUGCAGAGAGCGUCAAAUAUCGCCUCAAGGAGGAUGAAGUACUCGUCAACGUUUGUUGGAGAAUCUACGACCAGCUUUCGAACAUGGACAGAUAUCAUACAGGCCAGCCAUCCGAUGUGCUUGUUGCUCUUGAGGAGCUGGAAGAGAAGCGAGAUUACUGCUUCCAGGGCUUUGCCGAUUUUCUGAAGCAUUUUAAACAGAACUAUCAUCAUUUGCCUGUUGAGAUGGAACAGCAACUUCAUCAACAGUCCACACCUAUUCUACCCAGAGUGGAAACUCAAGAUGCACAAGAAGUUGAGUCACGCCCAGCAACUGUGAAGAACAAAGACAGUGAGCAGAGUUCCGUGCCUCAGGUUUUCGAGACCCAGCAAGAUCCAAUCUCAAAUGAUUCUACGGAUAACGUGGAGCAGCACCUCAGCUCUGCCGUGAAAGAAUAUACUGAACAAGAGACCGAGGCACCUGAACAAUCACAAAUGGAGCCGAAAGUACACACAGCAUCGGGGCAGGCAGAUGCAGACACUACGCUUUCCUCAAGAAGCCCAGCGCAAGCGACUUCUGUGCCUGCAGAUGCUGUCAGCUUUUCUCGAGUUUCAUCGAUGGAAACGGAUUUGGAGCCUCAAAAUGAGACUGACGCAAACGAAUCCGAGAUGAUGGAGGUCGAGGCAGAAUCUCUCGAACCUAACGACGAGCAUGAGAUUGAUCCCGCCCUGCUUGAAGGAGAACAAGAAAUUGAUCCUGCUUUGCUCGAACAGGCAGACUCUGCCAAUUCUUCACAACUCGAAGGUUACGAGAUCGAUCCUGCAUUGCUUCAAGAAGAACAUGAGAUCGAUCCUGCACUGCUCGUAGAGAGACAUGAUGACUUCCAGUCGAACAGUCAUCCUAGCCCACUGCACAUUGAUGAUGCAAUGUCUGAAACAUCCGAAUCCGCGACCUUCUCGGGCGCCAAGGAAGAGGAGCGCGAGCAGCGAGACGUUGAAGAAGAGUAUACGACUGCAGUGACCAAGCUCAUGGAAGAUGAACCUUCGGCUCCUCAGGACGAUGGUGCAGCCAUCGCUCAGGCGCACGAAGUCCCUCUCAAACUUGAGGUUCAACAGAGUGUCGAGAUGGACCCUGACAAUGUUGAAAAAAUGGAGGUGGAUACCGCGCCUUUGCAAGCAUCGCUGGAGACCACCGCCCAGAUUCAAAACUCACCUCAAUUCAAAGAGGAGUUGCGUCCAUUAUCAAGUUCGAGCUUCAAGACUUUGAGCCCAACUCCAGAAACCGUCCAAGUUCAGCCACAAGAGCCUGAUGCUCAGCCCACAGCUCAGAAAAUAUCGGACAUGGCUACUCAUAUGCUCGACCAACCUAUUGAGGAGCUUGAUCUCUCUCAGGUCGAACCAUCCUGGACAUCUCGAUUCUCACAGUUCUCACAAUCGCGCUCGUCACGCGCACACACCAGGAGUGAGACAAUUCCUGAUAGUGCCGACGAAGAGGCGACCGAUCUGGAAGCAGAGAACAACGAUACACUUGAUGAACUUACCAGCGCAGAACCAGCGACAGAAGCUAUUCCUCCACAGGGAACCCGAGGAGAAACCCUGAUACAGCCAUCACAAGAAUUAGGCACUGCAUUAUCUCAACUCCAAGACCGAAGACAUGUCGCUCCGGAAAUGCAAUCGCAGCUUGCCGCUAGAGAAGAGACAGCGUCUCCUGAAGACAAGGGUGCCUCUGACGAGAUGAGAUCACAGGCUGGUCUUGACGACGAAUUGCUUGCAGAUUAUGUUCAAGUUGCACAAGAGCCCGAGGCAGGCUCAGCGUCUCCACCACGACCAGGACCUUCAACUCCACUGAGCACCAAGAAGUCAGCAAGACCUUUAACAUUGUUCAGAGGUCGAAAGUCGAUUAGUUCACGAGUGUCUGUUGGAGGCGACGAGCAGAGGACUGGAGAUUCUGAGCAGCAGAUCCAGGACAACCAACAGCAGGUUUUGCAAGAUGAAGUGAUGCCUGAUUUAUCUUCACGCGAAACGGAAGGAUCUGCGAUGAUUGAAAAGGUAACAGAGGCCACGAUUGAAGGUAAGAGUCAAAACCAGGGCGAGAUGGGUGCUAGCCUGGCCCCAGCAUCUUCUACCAUCUCUGAGCCUCAACCCCAGAAAGCGCAAGAAGUUACCACAACCACAGACGCUACAGCGGCUACCAAACCAGAGGUUUCCACAGCAAUCGAGCAAGCUCCUGAGGUAGAACAAGCCUCUAGUAAUUUCCAAAUCAAACCAACACUAAAGCCAUUUGCGGAGGUUGAAGCGUCACUCUUUGGCACACCUGUCAAAGACAAGGCUGCUAAGCCACAGGAACCUCAAUCAGCGCCAUCCCAAUCCUGGCGUGACGCGCUGAGUUCGAGAAUGAGCGAAGUUCCUGUUAUUGGAUCUUGGUUCACUCCCCGGCGCACGACUGAAGUUCAAAAGGCAGCUACCGAACACAAAGCCACGACUUCAAGCACUUCGUUGGUGGAAGAUACGCCAACAAAGGCUGCAGUCAUACCACCAGGCAAACAGUUUUCUCGCGUACGAGAAAAGUCAAUCUCGCCGCCACCGCUGCAACGUUACGCAUCUCAAGGCACCUCGACAUCUCGAUCUUACUUCACUCCGCUGGCUGGCCUCAAUCAGCAUCUCAACCAACAAUCCUCUCUCAUUGAUGUUGUUGCUGUGUGUACAACCGCCACCAGGACGCCCGAACGUGCCAAGUCAGGACCCAAAGAUUACUACACAACGUUUAGAAUUAUUGACCAACCACUCCACGAGUACCACACUGCUUCGCAAGAUGAAGGCACAAAGGACGUCAAAGUUGAGGUUUUCCGUCCUUUCAAACAGAGUCUGCCCAGAGCAUCGCCAGGAGACGUUGUCUUGCUCCGAGGAUUUGUAGUAAGGUCCCACAACCACAAGAACUAUCUCUUGUCUACUGCUGCCAGCGGAUGGUGUAUUUGGCGAUACAGUGCGCCCUCUUCUUCUGCCCUCGAUUACGGAGGUCAAGAGGAAGAAGACGACAGAACCGUGUGGGCUAGGAAGGGAAAAAGUCAGGAAGUCGGCGAGGACGGCGUGAGAGAAGAGGUUACUGGCCCACCAGUGGAGAUCGGAGAGGAGGAAAGGGAGAAAGUCGCAAUGGUCAGGACAUGGUGGGAAGGUCUGCGUAAGGAGAGCACCGACAAGGAAGAAGAAGAAGAAGAAGGCCACGACAUUACCAUGAUUGAUUAG